UCUUUGUUUUUGCUACUAUGCGGUGAAAGUUUUGAUUCUCUGUGUUUUGGUUAACGUUUAGCAAAUAAAUAAACACAUUUGUUGAUGAUACAUUCUCAUAUCAAAUGUGAAGUUUUUAAAACUUUGUGGAAUAUUGACAAAUCUGAAAUUCUUCAAGAUGUCUACUAAAGUUAAACGUAAAGUGACUGUUGAGAAUACAAAAGAUGACAGUGACCAACCGAGAAGACCAAGUGUAUUUGAACGUUUAGGACCUGGAACUGUAAAUAUAGCAACUCAACCUGCUGAUAGACACGCUAGAACAGAACAGAAUGAAAAAUGUAGAAAUUGGCUUCGUACUGGAAAUUGUGCAUAUGGAAAUACUUGCCGAUACAAGCAUGAUACUUUUCCUAGUUCUUCAAGAAGGUCAACUAAAUCAGAAAAAGACAUUGAGUCAAAAGAUCUUAGACAUAAGGUAAAACCCAAAAGAGAUGAACCAAAAGAAUCAAGAACCAGUUCUGCUUCUCCUAAGAGAAAAACUUCAAAGAGGAGUAUAAGUCGAAGCCGAAAAGGUGAACAUGAAAGCAAGAUUAAAUCAACAGUUGUAGUUACUAGACCUCGCUCACCUUCUGCUACAGCAACUGAAACAACAGAAAAUAAAAAGAAGCCAGAAGGCAAUUGGGAAGAUGAUUCAGAUGAUUGGCCUAUGGAUGCAGCUCAGCUAGAUUACAAAGAAGAAUUAACGCUAGAAAGGAAAAGGCAGCAACUCCAACGAGAAUUAGAGUUAGAACUACAAAAAGAAAGACUUCUGAAUGAGAGUGUGACAAUUACAAAGACUGUUUCCUUUAGUGAAAGUAGUAGUACAAGUAGCAGUAGUGAUAGUGGAAGUAUAUCUAGUAGCACAGAAUCAUCAAGCAGUAGCAGUGAUGAAGACAGCAAUGACAGUAGCUCCUCUUCAUCUUCAUCUUCAUCAAGCAGUUCCCACCCUCCUAUUAAGAAAAAGAAUAAGAAAUCAUUCGGCAAAGAUGUAAAGGCUUCAAAAUCCAAGCAACGUGAUGAUUAUGACAAAAUGAAAAGCAGUCGUGCUGCCAAGGCUAAGAAGAAUCGUUCUCCAUCACCUGUUCCUGAGUCAAGAAAAGGUGGUCGAAAAGGAAGAGAUAAGCAUAAUAUGUCACCAUCCUCACCUUCUAGAAAAAGGCAUCCAGACGUAAGGGAGGACAGUGUUGGAAGAUCAAAUUUAAAUGUAAGACUUAGAGGCCCAAGAACUCCUAGUCCUGUGCUGAAAACUCGGAAACAAAGACAAUGGGCUCAGAGUUCUUCUGCAGAUAGUCGAAGUGCAGACAUUCAGCAUAGUAAGGGCAAACGACAUAAGAAAAAGAAAGAUGUUACAAGAAGUGAAAAGAGAAAAUCUGAUCGUACUCUAUCGCCACCGCCACUAAGUAGUCCAAAUCGCACUGCUUUGAUGCCCUCAGUGCCUUCAAAAAAAGUAAAAGCAAGAGAUGAUACUAGUGGGAAAUCUCGCCAUAGACAUCGAGAAGCAUCUCCUCCUCUCUUACCUCAUUCUGGUUCCAACUCUCAAUCUAUGAAAUUAAUGGGCACUUCACGAUACUUAACUGAUGAAAAACCAGUUGAAAAAGUUCGGGGAGAUGAACGAUCCAAAUAUUACUCCAGAAAGGAAGAUGAAGAUUUGCUUCCACCUAAAAGAGGAGAUAGUCGAGACAGAGGAAACAAAAGAACCAGGAUGUCCCCUCGAAGAGACAACCAUAAAGGAUCUUUAUCACCUCAUAAAGAUCGAUAUGAUCCUGACAUGCUACCUACUGCAAGUCGAAAAAUGUAUCCACAUGAAAAAGAAAAACUGGAACGUCGUAGAACAUCAGUUUCUCCAAUCAGAUCUGGCAAGAGAAAGUUCAAUCCUGAGAUUGAAAAGAAGAAAGAUGCUCAUGAGAUCUCUCCCAGGGAACAUGAACCACGGAGAGAUCAAGUUUAUCGUGGUAAUGAAUCACAUGGAUAUGAAAAAAGAGGCAGUGAAAAUAAGAAGCGUUUUGUCUCCCCUGAUCUGAAGAAAAACAGAGAUGAGAAAGGAAGAGAUCAUCUCAAAGAUAAGAGCUCUGAAUAUGAUUCUAAUUCUUGGCAAGGAGAUCAUAGAAAACCCAGUUCAUCAUCUAUUGGUCGUCGAACACCUGAACCUCGAGGACGAACGGAAAUACAUUCUCAGCCUCCUCUCUCUCGAAAUGAUAGAUCUCGGGAAAGGGAACCAGAAAGAAAAAAAGGAGGGAAAAAAAGAGAUUUAUCUGUCAGGUCUGUUGAAGAUACAGAUAGAACUAGAUUACCUUCUCCAAGGAGGUCUCAGUCUCCUGUACAUGGUCAUCAUGUUGUACGAGAAAUUGAAUCUCUGACUGGCAAUAGAGGUCGAAUAUAUGACUCUGAUAUCCCUUCUAGUGAACGAGAUUAUGGAUAUGGUUAUGACUCACUUCAUGAUCCUUAUUUGAGUGACAGAUUACUUCCUUCUGAUUAUGAAUCGGAUGUGCUUCGAGGAUCAUCUGUUUAUCCCUCAGAUGUCUAUCCAGAAUCUCGAUACCGGAGAGGGGGUAAAGAACCUCUCGACAGAUAUGAACCUAGAGAUGUGAUAUCUCCUCGUGAUGUUUUGCCACAUAGGGAUAUUAUAAACCUGACUGGAAGGGGAGAUGACUAUCUCCCUGAUUUACCAAUGGACGAUCGGGCUUAUGAUGACAGGUGGCCAAGAGGGAGAGGUAGGGAUGAAUGGGAUCCCUAUGCUUCCUUGCCACCUGCUCCUUUACCUCCACAUGUUGCUGCAGCUCUAGAUGAGGAUCGUUAUGGUAUGCCUAGACGUAGACGUGCUUCACCUGAUUGGCAGAGGAACAGAGUGGAUGACAGAGAUCCGGGAAUGAAUUCGAAUCAUAGACAAAACGGAAGAGGUCAAGGGCUUUCUUCUGAAGCUAGGUCUAGAUCACCUAAAGGGCCAGGAACCAGUCGUGGUUCAUGGAGUGAUCGAGGUGGGCGGCACGACAAUCGUAGUGGGGAAGGAAAGCAAUAUGAAGAUUCCCAAAAGGAUCGGAAUUUGGAUGAUCGCAAAGGGAGAAAUAUCAGAAAAGAUAGAGGGAAGCUAUCGAAAGAAGAACCUCUGGUAGAUGAGAAAAUAUUUUCUGCAAAAGAAAAACCUCUAAUUAAAAGACCUCACUCUCCUUCUCCAUCACCAUCUGUGAAAGCCAAAAAAAGGCGCAAUAAUGACAUUCAGAUGUUUGAUAUAAUGAGGUAUCAUGGUAGUGAACCUCCUGAAAAAGUAUCUUCUGUGCCAAUAAAGAAAAUUAAAGAAGAAGCUAAAUCUGAUGCUAAGCCAAUUGUUAGUCGUAAUCAGAAGUCUGGCAAACAGGAUGUUUCUCCACCUAAAAUUGAUAAUUCUGAGAGAUGUGAACCAUCUUCAAAAACUUCUACUCAGAACAAGACUAAAGAAAAAGAAGAAAGAAAAUCCAGAAAAAAUGAUGAUGGAACUCAUGGAGAUGAUGAUUUUAGUGAUUGGAGUGACGAUGAUGAUGAUUUACUUACCAGGGAUGAUUUUGUUGAGACUGAAAGGAGCAGUGAAAAUAUUGAAGAUGGAUCAAGUAAUAAUUCUCGAAGAAAGGAGAGGCAUGGGGCCAUAAAGGAUACUCUGCAAGAUCUGAAGAAAGAUAAAGAUGUUGGAAAUAGUACAAAUAGCAGAGAUAGGUCAAAUGAAGAAAUUCCACAUUCGAAAGAAAGUAAAUCUGUAAUUGGAAAAGACACAGAUGCUCAGGAAUCACUAUCAGUUAAGGAAGAUACUGCAACUGAUGUUGAUGAGUACAUUACAGCUGAAAGUGUUGAUUAUGAUCCUAUAAGUGAUGAUGAAUUAGAUGCACUUAUUGAAGAACCAGAUGACACUUUAAUAAAACCAACAGCUGAAAAUGAGAAAUCAAAAAUAGUUAAUGCAUUGGAAGUGGACUGGUCAACAUUAAUGAGUGAAACAAAAACUACUGACUUUAUCCCUGGUUUUGCAAGACAAAGAUUUAAGGCUGCUCAUGUUUUAUCAAGAAUUGGAUUUUCACAAGUUUUUGCUGGACCUGAACUAUCAGAAAAGAUAAUUAACAUUUGUCAGAAGCAACUUGAGGAAGAAGUCCUUAAUGAAGAGGAGAGGUGGAUUAAAACGAAGUUUUUGCCAUCAAAUGAACUGAAGAAAGUUUUCAAAUAUGAAACUGGAUCUAAAGAAGGAACUCAAAAAUCAAAAAAAUUUAUUAUGGAACAUCCAUUAGCUGCUUUCCAUGUAGCAGUCUCCCAAAACAAACAAGAAAGAGCUAAUCUCUUUAACAAAGUUGGUCCCUUUAGACGUGCUUUGUGUGCUCGAAGAGAUCUCCACAUUCGAAAAGUAUUGUGCCGACCAUUAAAUAAGUUGAGUGCAUCUACUGCUAUCACUUAUACGCCACAAUUUACAGUUGUUGACAAAGAACUGUAUAAACAAAGUUUAGAAUUUCUGAAACUUAAGAAACCUGUAGAAACUCAACCUCAAGCAGUUGAUGUUUGUUAAAGAGUUUGUCUGUUGAAUCUACUUUGCCUAUGUACAUUACUUUUAUAGUAUCGUGUCUGUCUUAAUAAAGAUAUUUCUUGUAAAUAAAUUAGUUUAUAUUUUUU